AUGGUUGCAGGGGCAAUAAGAGCUCGGGCUCUUGAACAUUACCUGAUUCAGGCUCUCGGCAAGCUUUUCACUGAGUACAACGGACUGGCACCAAGAACUUGCAAGAAAGCUAGUCACAUUCCUUUGAUCCCAAUCCAUUCACAGACUAAUAUUUUUCAGGUAAUCAACACUGGAAAGACUCCUUUUGACACCAUGAACUUAGCUUGCACGCUCGAUGAGCGAGCAGCGUCGUGGCAGGAACAAAACGAGCUUGCAGCUCUCGUCCGAUCUUGCAGAGACUUUUCACAGGGACUAGAGCUCCACUCCCGGAUCCGCCACAGCAAGCAUCGUGAUAACACUUUUCUUGCCAAUCUCCUCGUCCAAAUGUAUGGGACGUGUGGGAGAUUGUCCGAAGCUCGCCUAGUUUUCGAUCAGAUCAAGCAGCCCAAUCAAUUCUCUCGCGACAUCCUCCUCUCGGCAUACGCGCAGAAUGGCGACAUCCAGUCCGCUCGCCAGAUCUUCGAUUCGAUGCAAGGAAAGAGCGUGAUUUCGUGGAACUCGAUGAUCACGGCGUAUGCCCAGCACGGCCAAACCGCCGACGCGAGAAAGCUCUUCGAUUCUAUGCCCAUCAAGAAUGUGGUGUCCUGGACGACGAUGAUCACUGGAUUGGGGAAGAGCGGCGCGUUGCGAGAGGCGCGAGAGGUCUUCCAAUCGAUGCCUCGGAAGAAUGCCGUGACAUGGAACGCGAUGAUCCAGGCCUAUGCCCAAAACGGGUAUUGGGAUCAAGCCAAAGAGAUUUUCGAUGCCAUGCCGGAGAAGAAUUCCAUUGCCGCCUGGAAUUUCAUGCUCCAGCAAACGCUUCAAACCGGUAAUCCAGAAGAAGCGAGGGCUCUGUUCUUGCAUAGCAUGAAAUUCCGGUCUCUCGCCACGUGGACGGUGAUGAUCGAUGGAUAUACAAGGAAUGGGCAUCUGACGGCCGCGAUGGAUCUCUUCUGGCACGGGAUUCCGGAAUGGAAUGUCGUCUCUUGGAGCGCGGUUGUUCAUGCUCUAGCACAAGCAGGGUUUGUGGCCGACGCGCGGAGGGUCUUCGACUUGGUGAUGGCGGAGCACAAUGCCAUAGCAUGGACGAUUUUGAUCCAGGCGUAUGCUCAAGCCGGCAAUCUGGCACUUGCGAGGGAGCUCUUCGACUUAAUGCCGGCGAGGGACACAGCAGCAUGGAAUUCGAUGCUCCAAGGGUACGUUCUCCAUCACAGGAUCGAAGAAGCAGUGGCAUUCUUCCGGUAUUUGAUGCCCGAUCACGACGAGGCCUCCUACACCAUGAUGAUCACUGCGUAUGCCCAGACCGGGCAAAUCCACAAGGCCAGGGAUAUCUUCAGCACAAUGCCAAAGCGAAGCAUCGUUGCUUGGAAUGCCAUGCUGGGAGCUUGCUCGGAGAUGGGGCUCUUGAAGGAAUCGAGGGAGCUGUUUGAGAGAAUGGCUCGACACAGCUUGGUUUCGUGGGGCUGCCUUCUAGCGGCGUAUGCUCACAGGGGAAAUCUCGAGCAAGCCAAGGAGAUCUUCGACGCAGUGCCCGAGCAUAAUCUAGCCAGCUCCAACUCAAUGCUUCAAGCUUUCAUCCUCGCCUCGAGAAAGGAGGAAGCACGAGAGAUGUUUGAAGGGAUGAUCCAGCGCGACGUUCUCUCUUGGACGAUUUUACUGGGAGCUUGUGGAUACUCAUGGAAGUUCUUUCUGCGCAUGCCGGAGCUCGAUGUGGUGGCCUGGAACUCGAUGCUCGUGGCACUUGCCGCGCACGGAGAAUCCAGAGACGCGAUUGAGCUCUUUGGAGUGAUGCAAAUCGAAGGAACGAUCCCGGAUGAAGUAAGCUUCAUGGGAGCGCUAGCAGCUUGCUCGCAUUUGGGCUUGCUCGCCCAGGGAUGGAGAUACUUCGUCUCGAUUACCGAGAGCUACACGAUGCUUCCGACGAGCAGGCACUAUUGCUUCAUGAUAGACAUGCUGGGGAAAUCGGGACGAGCAGAAGAAGCUCACGAACUUCUCGAGACGAUGCCGUUUGUCCCGGAUGCCGUUGCUUGGGGAUGCUUGCUCCAGCACCUGAGAUCAAGAUCUCACCACCAUCUAGCAGUUAGCGCUGCUCGACGUGUUCUUGGGCUCUCUUCAUCAGCUGAUCGCUACGUCUCGAUCUAUAACUUGGUUCAGUCUAGUCGAUCAUCUUGUCACGACUACGCGACGUAG